AUGGGCACGGUCUUGACGUUGGCCUUGCCCGAGGAGCCACAGUUGAACGUGCCCCGGGACAGCACGGAGCAGAAAAACCUCCGCAGCCGGGACUUUGGGCUGAAGGUUUCGAGCUCUUGCCCCGAGGAAGAGAUCUGUUGCAUCUGCCUCGAGGGGCAUUCCACAGUGCAGCUGCCCUGUGGUCACAGGUAUCACGCCGAGUGUCUUGACCAAUGGCUCCAGCGAAGACCCACCUGCCCCACCUGUGGCCAGAGCUAUGGGGAUCGAACUGGCAGCAUGCCGGAUGGCAAUAUGCGAUGGGGCUGGUUGAACCGGUCUUUGUCGGGCUAUCGUUGUCGCACAAUCCUCCUCCACUUUUAUUUUCCCACUGGAAGUUUGCAUGGGCGGAUAUACGACGGGCGCUCCUUGCAUGCGUUUUUACCGGACGACGAGCAAGGUCGUCAUCUUCUGGCGCUCUUUCAGCUGGCUUUUCGGAGGAGGCUCAUGUUCAGUCUCAGCCAGUCCAACACCACGGGACGUCUGCGACCCACGUUUGCCAUGCACCUGAAGACUGCCAUGGCCGGUGGGCCGACCCGCCACGGCUACCCGGAUCCUGGCUACUAUGCCUCUGCCGUGGAGGAGCUGCGAGGUGUGGGGGUCCACCUGGACGAGGCCAUGCCGAUUGCUGUGCAGCUCGAGUCUUCGAUGGUGAAGCGGAAGCGCUUCACCGCCCUGCUGGAAGAUGUUGUACAGUGCAGCUGCCGUUUUGCAAUCGUCUGCACUCCACAGGGAUUUAAUGGAUUGGUGUCCUUCCUAGCACUGGUCUAUAUCCUGGUGAUACCACCCCGAGUCUCCUGUCUUCAUUUCCUCAACCUGUUUUGUAUCCUCGCCUUCGGGAUGUUUUGCCUGUACAUGGACGACAAUGUUGGGACGGCCAUAAACGUGGCGGGCGUUGUGUAUUCAGUCAUUCGCGGCUUCGCCAAGGGGCAUCUGUCCGAUGUCUGCGAAGAGAUCUCGACAUUUGCUCGAAGGUCUGUGAACCAGCACUCGGAAGCCAUGACCAUCUGCUUGUUGCUGCGCUCCAGCUGCGGGAUGGCUCCGUUUAUUCCUCAUUCUUGGCUCGUGGUCACGCUGCUUUGGCUGCUUAAGCUGUACCUCACUGCCCACAACAAGCGAGGGAACUCCCACAACGGUAUUCAGCAGCCGCUCCUACAUACGGUGGACAUCGAAGGCAACAUCGAGGGCGCUCCACGGCGCGCAGCCCCGCGGCCACCGGUGGAAACUGUCAGCCCAAUCCAAGAUCACGAUUGGCCACUGUAUAGCUCCUGCCCUUCACUUGAAGAUCGCACUGAUGUGGUUGAUCUUUUCCGCCAUCUGCUUAAGCCCUUGCGGCCGGUGGUGCGCGACACAGUCGGCAAAAUUGUCCAUGAACUGCUGCGGAACGAGCUUCGGUACAAGGAAGACUACGUUGUCUUCUAUCACAGCUACUCGUCGUCUUGCCUGCUCUACGAAGUACAGACGGCACUGGCGGCAUGCAUUCUGGACUACCCCAUAGAUGGGCCUCCUAUUCCGCGCCUGCGGAGACAACCAUACCAGAACGUCAAGUGCUUGCAACACUUGUUGCAGAUCUGGGAAAGCACCAUGCACGACCAGACGGCUGAGUUUCAGGCUGUGGCAAUUUCUGCUUUUUGCUCUUGUUUGGCUUCGGGUGGACAGCCCCAGAACAUGCUGCAAGCUUGGCUUAUCCGGGGAUUCCCGAGCAGCAUUUCGGCUGGCGCCAUGCGCCGCAUGCUCAAGGAUCUCCUGCUGGCAGCUGGUGUUUGCAGUGGCCGUGCGCAGGGGCUGGAUCCUCUUGUGACUUCCAUCUUGGCAAUGGGCCGGAAGUAUGGGCUCCACGUGCCCAGCUGGCGGCUCUGCCAGCAGCCGGAGAACCCGGGGCACUUGCUGCAGAUUUUCGUUCACCAGUCCGUGGUAGACGCAAUCUCUUAUGGGAGCAAAGCGCGAGGGCAACUGGACAGCGGUGGCAUACCUCUCUCUAGGUGGCUCCUGCAACGCAGUCCCAUCGACGGGCACUCGCGCUUGCUGACGCAUCCAGACUUGUUCUUGGAUCUGGAUCGAGGUCUGGUGCACAGCUUCGCCUUCUCCGCUGGGCCUUACGGCCGAGAACGGGUGGCGCUGCUGCGGGAGCUCAGGGACCUCCUGAAGCCUCAGAUCCAGGACCUACGCGCCUCGCGCAUGUCCCUCGGCUUCGAGAGGCCCGCGGAGCCGGAGCGGGACCUGGAGUCCGCCGGCAUCAUCUACAGCAUCUAG